GCAGCAUCAUCCUCGCGUCCACCUUCUGCGUGCGGCGUGCGGUGCGCGUGCGGUGCCACAAAGCUCACGCACACACACACACAUACAUACACACACAUACACACACACGCGCGCGCGCGCACGCACGCACGCACGCACGCACGCGCGACUGUCCCCUGGUCGCGAGCGGCGGGGGCGCGUGCGGGGACGCGGGAGGCACGCGGGAGGGACGCGGCGCGAGGGACGCGCACCGAGUGAUGCUCCUGCACCAGCGUCGCCUCGCACGAGCGCACAGCCAGCGACAGUAAGGAGUCACUUCCGCUGCAGGAGCACGCGGCGUCUGCCCAUGAAGAUGUCCAACGCGGACAUGGUGUUGAACGCCACCGAGCGGGUGGUCAAAUCCGUGCCCUUCCCCCUGAGCCACCGGCUUACCAUGAAGGAGGUGUUUGACUGCGAGGGGAAGCCCCGCGUGGACCUGCUCAAGGCCCACCUCACCAAGGAGGGCCGCGUGGAGGAGGCUGUGGCGCUGCGCAUCAUCAACGAAGGCGCAUCCAUCCUGAGGCAAGAGAAGACCAUGCUGGACAUUGAGGCACCUGUCACAGUGUGCGGAGACAUCCACGGGCAGUUCUUCGACCUGAUGAAGCUGUUCGAGGUGGGCGGGUCCCCGGCCACGACGCGGUACCUCUUUCUCGGUGACUACGUGGACCGAGGCUAUUUCAGCAUUGAGUGUGUCCUGUACCUCUGGUCCCUGAAAAUCUUGUACCCAAAGACGUUGUUUCUAUUGCGAGGAAACCACGAAUGUAGACAUCUGACAGAGUAUUUCACCUUCAAACAAGAAUGUAAAAUCAAGUAUUCGGAGCAGGUGUACGACUCGUGCAUGGAUGCGUUCGACUGCCUUCCCUUGGCGGCCCUCAUGAACCAGCAGUUCCUGUGUGUUCACGGUGGCCUUUCGCCAGAAAUACACACCCUAGAUGACAUUAAAAAGUUGGACAGGUUCAAGGAGCCCCCGGCGUUCGGGCCCAUGUGUGACCUGCUGUGGUCGGACCCGCUGGAGGACUUUGGGAACGAGAAGACCCAGGAGUACUUCAGCCACAACACAGUCAGAGGUUGUUCCUACUUCUACAGUUAUCCAGCUGUGUGCGAGUUUCUGCAGAACAAUAACUUACUAUCGAUUAUCCGAGCACACGAAGCGCAGGAUGCAGGGUACCGGAUGUAUCGGAAGAGUCAGACCACUGGUUUCCCCUCCCUAAUAACCAUCUUCUCAGCACCAAACUACCUGGAUGUUUACAAUAACAAAGCUGCCGUCCUCAAGUACGAGAACAACGUCAUGAACAUCCGGCAGUUCAACUGCUCCCCGCACCCGUACUGGCUGCCCAACUUCAUGGACGUCUUCACCUGGUCCCUUCCAUUCGUCGGGGAGAAAGUUACAGAGAUGCUGGUCAAUGUGUUAAGCAUUUGCUCUGAUGAUGAACUCAUGAACGACGGCGAUGAGAUUUUUGACGCAAAUGCAGCUGCCGCUCGGAAGGAGGUGAUUAGGAACAAGAUCCGAGCCAUUGGGAAGAUGGCCAAGAUGUUCUCCGUCCUGAGGGAGGAGAGUGAGAACGUCCUGACGCUGAAGGGCCUCACGCCCACCGGGAUGCUGCCCAGCGGGGUCCUCUCAGGAGGCAAGCAAACACUCCAGAGCGCUACCAUCGAGGCCAUCGAAGCCAUCGAGACGGAAGUUGAGGACGGAGAAGCGAUCCGUGGAUUCUCUCCGCAGCACAAGAUCAGCAGCUUCGAGGAGGCUAAGGGUCUGGACCGCAUCAACGAGCGGAUGCCCCCCCGUAGGGACGCAGUCAACAACGUGGGCCUCUCCAUGGGCAAAAUGAACAUGUCAGAGUCUAAUGGCACGGACGAUAACAGCAAUAUACAGUGAUCGCCCCAGCUCAGACCACACAUCCUGCAUCCGCUACCACUAACACCACUUAAAACAGUGUGGAAGAACAUUGCAAACUAUAAUUACAGGCCUCAGCUCUUUGAAAAAAAAAAUAAAAACCGAAAAGAAAUCAACAAGAAAUGAUAAACAAAAGUAACCUUUUUGCUUGAAUUGUACUUAGAAAACCAACAGCAUUCAAGGACAGAUCCUGGGGGG